CGUGAAUUGGCGUUCCCAAGUUUUCUUUUCUUUGCCGACAAGCGCCUGAUGAACCACAUCAUAAAAACUUUAAAAGUUCGCGAUCUGGAUGAGUGUGAGUUGAGGUGUUACUACGAGCACAAUUGUGUCAGCCUUAAUUUUGAAAACAAAAUGGUUGGAAAUGGAAAAUACAGCUGUGAAUUGAACAAUUCUACACACGGAGAACACGACAAAGACUUUGUGGAGGCACCAAAUUUCCUUUACCGCGGAACAAACGUAAGAUCAUUAAAUUUUAACGUUAUCCAGUCUCCGAGCCUAUUAAUACCAUAACCCAACGCCUCGUCCAAAGGAAAACGGCUGGAUCUCAGGCUUUGGGCUGGGCUGUGUUGCAAUAUUCAAAAAUUGAGUAGAUAGUUUCUGUUUGUGACAAUUGCACGGGAUGAUGUGAAUUUUAUGGAAUUUGACGCGCUGAGGGCCAAUGACGUCAAUUAUGAUGGUAGCCGUGUUGGCCGUCAUAUUGGAUGUCACUGAAAAUUCAGAUUUAUCGCAAUGGAGUAAACGCUAACCAUCUUUCUACUGAACCCUCCACCCCCCCCCCCCCCCCCAACAAAAUCUGACAACUACACUAGGUCUUUCCUUUCGCCAGCCAUUCUCAUUUACUCUCUGAAAAGCAAGUUUUUCUCCAUAGACGGUUUUGUUUCAACUGUAGCCGUUUUUUAGAAAUUUCACUUUAUUGUUAUUUUAAGAUCGAAAAUUUUUGUAAUUGCCUCGGCCCUUAAACUGCAAGCGCUUCCCAAAAGAAAGCGUUUUCUGCUUCUUAAAUAACAUGAAAUAUUCAAUUUAACUUGUUAAACACCUCAAAACAGCGCCCCCGUAUGUAUGUAAGACGGGCUAAUCCCUAAACCCGACGCUUAGAGUUGGGCUCUGCCAAUCUUUACUCGUUUUCCUUGAAUCAUGAUGAGGCGGACACCUCUCGCAAAGGUUUAGAAAGGCUCAGAAGCAUAAAGCAAUAUCUCUUUUCCAUAAUCUUUUCCCCAGAAUCCUUGUGGUAGUUCUCCAUGUAAAAAUAACGGGACUUGUCAAUCAGGAUUUACCAAGAAAGGAUAUCACUGCUUGUGUCGAGGCUGGACAGGAGCAAGAUGCCAAACGGGUAGGUCUGAAAAAUGGACUAAAUGAACACAGUAGUUAUGAAACCACGCAAGCUGUGCCACACUUAAUAGGGAGAAACUGCUUGUGAGAACAUUAAUUUGAAAAAAAGUGUAUCCACUGUUAUAUUGGCCCCGGCUAUCACUGUCGACAAAACCAUCACAAGCGUACCAAGCGUAGGGCCUUCCAGACGGAAGCAGCGUUUUCGGGAGCUCGCGAAUAGAUGAAAGAGUUUUCCUUUUACUUUAGAGUGAAUUUGCGACACGUUUCUUUUUACUUUCACCUUCGUUUAGCUUAAUAUUCUCGAUCUGAGUUAUGAUUUUAAGUUAAGUUAAUUUUCGGUGAACUGUCGACUUGUCGUGUAAACGAGGCAGUUCCACUGUCCAGUUAUCGUUUUCUUUGCAAAGUAACUAAAUGAGUCUUCUGUUAACUAUCUCAACCUAGAUAUUAACGAAUGCGAUGAAAAAAGUCAUAAGUGUAGCAGUUAUGCAGAUUGUAAAAACACAAAGGGAUCUUACAGCUGCAAAUGCAAGACUGGUUUCCAAGGAGAUGGCUACAACUGCACAGGUAUCCCAGCAUUUUUGUUCUGUUGUUAG